CCGGGAGACGAAAAAGGCGGGAAAGUGGCGCGGGUUGGCGGCGCCGGUGGGGGGACGGAAGGGUGCGCUGUGGCUGUAGGGGCGUGGGGGCCGCGCCCGCUGACUCGCUCCCCUCCCGUGUCCUCAGCGCCCAUGGCCUUCAGAGCGCCCCCGGGCCCCGCGAUCGCCCCGGUCGGCUUCCCCGGCCCACAGGCCGCCAGGGCGGGAGCCGCGGGCGUCGAGGAGGAGGAGGACGAGGAGGAGCCGGGCGAGGUCCAUCUGUGCGUGGUGUGGAGCUCGGGAUACCUGGGCAUCGCCUACUAUGACACCAGCGACUCCACUGUCCACUUCAUGCCCGACGCCCCAGACCACGACAGCCUGAAGCUCCUCCAGAGAGUUCUGGAUGAGGUCAACCCUCAGUGUGUCGUCACAAGUGCCAAACAGGAUGAGACCAUGACUCGCUUUCUAGGGAAGCUUGCCUCCCAGGACCACAGAGAGCCAACGAGACCUGAAAUUGUACUUUUGCCAAGCGUGGAUUUUGGUCCAGAGAUAAGCAAACAGCGGCUCCUUUCUGGAAACUACUCCUUCAUCCCAGAGUCCAUGACUGCCACUGAGAAAAUCCUCUUCCUGUCCUCCAUCAUUCCCUUUGACUGUGUCCUCACGGUUCGGGCACUUGGAGGACUGCUCAAGUUCCUGAGUCGAAGAAGAGUCGGGGUGGAACUGGAAGACUACACUGUCAGCGUCCCUAUCCUGGGGUUUAAGAAGUUUGUACUGACCCAUCUGGUGAGCGUAGAUCAAGACACUUACAGUGUUCUACAGAUUUUCAAGAGCGAGUCUCACCCCUCGGUGUACAAAGUAGCCAGCGGGCUGAAGGAGGGGCUCAGCCUCUUUGGGAUCCUCAACAGGUGCCGCUGCAGGUGGGGCCAGAAGCUGCUCAGGCUGUGGUUUACGCGUCCAACCCGGGAGCUGAAGGAGCUUAAUUCCCGCCUGGAUGUCAUUCAGUUUUUCCUGAUGCCCCAGAACCUGGACAUGGCCCAGGUGCUGCACCGGCUGCUGAGCCACAUCAAGAACGUGCCUCUGAUUCUGAAACGCAUGAAGUUGUCCUACACCAAGGUCAGUGACUGGCAGGUCCUCUACAAGUCUGUCCCUCCUUGGGCUCCCUGCAUGGGUCAACUUCCUAGGUCAUCUCUCCUGCAGACUGUGUACAGCGCCCUGGGCCUGAGGGAUGCCUGCCGCUCCCUGCCCCAGUCCAUCCAGCUUUUUCAGGACAUUGCCCAAGAGUUCUCUGAUGACCUGCACCACAUUGCCAGCCUCAUUGGGAAAGUGGUGAAUUUUGAGGAAAGUCUUGCUGAAAAUCGCUUCACAGUCCUCCCCAACAUAGAUCCCGAAAUAGACGAGAAGAAGCGAAGGCUGAUGGGCCUCCCCAGCUUCCUCACUGAAGUGGCACAGAAAGAGCUGGAGAAUCUGGACUCUCGUAUCCCUUCCUGUAGUGUCAUCUACAUCCCUCUGAUUGGCUUCCUUCUUUCCAUCCCACGCUUGCCGUUCAUGGUGGAGGCCAGUGACUUUGAGAUUGAGGGACUAGACUUCAUGUUUCUCUCGGAGGACAAGCUGCACUACCGGAGUACCCGAACCAAGGAGCUAGAUGCCCUGCUGGGGGACCUUCACUGCGAGAUCCGGGACCAGGAGACCUUGUUGAUGCACCAGCUGCAGUGCCAGGUGCUGGCCCGGGCUGCGGUCUUGACACAGGUGUUGGACCUUGCCUCCCGCCUGGAUGUCCUCCUUGCUCUUGCCGGUGCUGCCCGGGACUAUGGCUACUCGAGGCCGCAUUACUCCCCCCGAAUGCACGGAGUGCGAAUCAAGAACGGCAGGCACCCUCUGAUGGAGCUGUGUGCGCGCACCUUCGUGCCCAACUCCACAGACUGUGGCGGGGACCAAGGGAGGGUCAGAGUGAUCACUGGACCCAACUCCUCAGGGAAGAGCAUAUACCUCAAACAGGUAGGCUUGAUCACCUUCAUGGCUCUGGUCGGCAGCUUCGUGCCUGCUGAGGAGGCCGAGAUUGGGGUGAUCGAUGCCAUCUUCACCCGGAUUCACAGCUGCGAGUCCAUCUCCCUCGGUCUCUCCACCUUCAUGAUUGACCUCAACCAGCAGGUGGCGAAGGCUGUGAACAAUGCCACAGAGCAGUCACUGGUCCUCAUUGACGAAUUCGGGAAGGGAACCAACACGGUGGACGGCCUGGCCCUUCUGGCCGCUGUGCUUCGUCACUGGCUGGCGCUGGGACCCGGCUGCCCCCACAUCUUCGUGGCCACCAACUUCCUGAGCCUGGUCCAGCUGCAGCUGCUGCCACAGAGCCCGCUGGUGCAGUAUUUGACCAUGGAGACGUGUGAGGAUGGGAACGAUCUUGUCUUCUUCUAUCAGCUCUGCCAAGGUGUUGCCAGUGCCAGCUACGCCUCCCACACAGCUGCCCAGGCGGGGCUUCCUGACCAGCUCAUUGCUCGUGGCAAAGAGGUCUCAGACUUGGUCCGAAGGGGAAAACCCAUCAAGCCGGUGCAUGAGCUCUUACGGAGGAACCAAAUGGAGAACUGCCAGGCACUGGUGGACAAGUUCCUCAAGCUGGAUUUGGAGGACCCCGCUGUGGACCUGGCCGCUUUCAUGAGUCAGCAAGUGCUGCCGGCUGCUCCCACCAUCCUUUGAGAGGCCCCCCGCCCCCCCCCCGCCCUCACAGCUCCCUGAGCCCCGAGCUACUGCACUUUCCUUCUGUCGUUUGCACAUGUUUUGUGUUAGGAAUAAAGG